AUUGACUCUUAACUCUUGCUACCAAAUUUAUCCCUGACCCAGUGGAAGAAGAUUAAGACAUCAACCUGGGACACAUUGACAACCAAGGCCAAGACUGGACAGGGCCAUAUAACUGGGCUUCAACCAUGACCGGGGCUAAGAAUAAGCCUAGAGCCCAGACCAAAACUGAAAAAAGGGCUGGUGUACAGGCUAAAGCUGGAACAGAGAAGGAGGCUACUCCUGUAGUCAGGCCUGUAGCCAAGACCCGGGUCAAAGCAAAAUCCAAGGCAGGGUCUAAGACAGAGGCAGUGACAGAGAUGAAGGCAGUGCCUAAGAAAAAGGUGGCUGCUGAGGUAAAGGGAGGAGCCCGGUCAGAGCCUAAGACUCUGGUCAAAGCCAUGGCAGAUGUCAGUCCCAAGGCUGAGAAUGAGGCUACCAGCUCCACAUGUAAAACUGAGGUUUGUAUUGAUGCCUGGUUCUGGGCUGGGGAAGAGGCCAGUAUCAAUUCCUGGUUCUGGAAUGGAGAAGAGGCUGCUAAUCGUUCCAGCACUAAAAAUGAAAAUAAAGGCAAUACUGUUGCCCGGGUCUGUGCAGCGGAGUUGGAACCUGUGCCUAGGCCCAGCUAUAAGCCUAGGUCAGGGGCUGAGGAGGAGGAGGAAGAAAACGUUAUUGGAAACUGGUUUUGGGAAGGAGAUGAUACCAGUUUUGACCUUAAUCCUAAACCUGUCUACAGGAUAGUUAAGCCUCAGCCUGUGGAUGAAAUUAAUGAAAAAAAUAGGCCUAAGGACUGGUCUGAAGUAACUAUCUGGCCCAAUGCCCCUGCUGUAAUUCCAGCAGUGUUAGGAUAUAGAUCCCAGGUCCCAUCUGAGACAAAGCCUCCUUCAUAUAUUGUUCUGGCCUCAGCUGAGGAAAAUGCCCAUUCUUUGCCUGCACCUACAGCCUGCUCUUCUAGGAGUACUCACUCAUACUCACAGCCUACCCCUGAGUGCCCAUUUGGUUCUGACCCUUGCAUCCAGACCAUAGAUGAGAUUAGACGCCAAAUCAGGAUCAGGGAGGUAAAUGGGAUUAAGCCAUUUGCUUGCCCUUGCAAAAUGGAGUGCUACCUGGAUUCUGAGCAAUUUGAAAAACUUGUUGGCAUACUCGAGUCAACUACUGAUCCUCUCAUUCAUAAAAUAGCACAGAUUGCAAUGGGUAUCCAUAAGGUUCAUCCAUUUGCCCAAGAAUUUAUUAAUGAAGUUGGUGUAGUGACACUUAUUGAAAGCUUGCUCAGUUUUCCUUCCCCUGAUGUGAGAAAAAAGACUGUAAUUACUCUGAAUCCUCCUUCUGGGGAUGAAAGACAACGCAAGCUUGAAUUACAUGUUAAGCAUAUGUGUAAGGAAACCAUGUCUUUUCCCUUGAACUCACCUGGACAGCAGUCUGGAUUAAAGAUACUAGGGCAACUGACUACUGAGUCUGUCCAUCACUACAUUGUUGCCAAUCACUUUUCAGAGCUUUUCCAUUUGCUUUCCACUGGAAAUCGUAAAACCAGAAAUCUUGUUUUGAAAUUACUCGUGAAUAUGUCUGAAAAUCCAACUGCGGCCAGAGAUAUGAUCAAUAUGGAGGCACUGGAAGCAUUAAAACUCAUCUUUAACCAGCAAGAAGCGAAAGCCAAUCUCGUUAGUGCUGUGGCCAUAUUUAUUAACAUAAAGGAGCAUAUCAGAAAGGGCUCAAUUGUAGUUGUCGAUCACUUGAGUUAUAAUACACUCAUGGCCAUUUUUCGAGAAGUUAAAGGGAUUAUCCAAACAAUGUAA